AUGGAGUCACCAUGCUAUGCCUUAACUGUAAGAAUUAUUCGAAUGCGGAAUCUCCGUCGAGAAGAUUGGUUAAAUGAAUCUGAUUGUUAUGUGACCUUGUGGCUUCCUACUGCCUCUCUGAAAAAGUUUCGAACCAAAACAGUUGCAAACUGCAAAGAUCCAGUAUGGAAUGAAAUAUUCUAUUUCAGGAUCCAGAGUCAAGUCAAGAAUGUCUUGGAACUGACAAUAAGCGAUGAAGAUUUCUAUCAAGAUGAUGACAACCGUGUAAUUUUCUUUGAUAUAGCUAAAGUCCCACUUGGAGAAUCAGUAAUGGUGAAAUUUGAAUUGGAUCGACCGAAAAAUGAAGAAUUGGAAGUUGAAUUUACAUUGGAGAAUAUAGGGGGUCCACUUGAAACAAUAGCUACAAAUGGAGCAGUGGUGUGUCGUGAAUUCUGCUGUUUGGAGGUUCAGAUAGACAGGAAGAAGCGGAAGAAAAAGAAAAAGCAUUCUAAACGUGAAGAACAAGAUGUUAAAUGUACAUUAGCAGGAUCCUUUGAAGAAACCCAAAACAUUUCACUAACCUCUGCCUAUGAGCUGCAAUGCACUGAACCUUUCCUUUUCCACCAUGCCAAGUACAGUCAAGCAGAACUGGACAUUCUUCUUCCAGGAAAGAGAUCAUUUUUCUCUUGUUGCUCUUGUAUGUCAUGUGGAACUGAUGCUGCCAAAACCAGAAGGUUGAUCUUGCCUAUAAAUUCAUUUCCCAUUAAUCAGGAAAUAAUCAAAGAGGAUAAAGAAUUUAAUUUACACUUCACAGCAAAUAACUGCACAUCAGACCUAGAUGUACGCUUGGGGUUUGAUCUCUGUCCAGAAGAACAAGCUUUCCUGCAAAAACGGAAGAAAGUGACUGCUGCUGCUUUCAAAAAGAUUCUCCAGCUUGAGGAUGAUCUGCAGGAAGAUGAGGUGCCAGUGGUGGCAAUUAUGACAACAGGUGGUGGGUUCAGAGCACUUACAGCGAUGUAUGCCCACCUACUGACAAUGCAGAAAUUAGGUGUUUUGGACUGUGUGUCCUAUCUCACUGGACUAUCUGGCACAACAUGGACGAUGUCACACUUGUAUGAGGAUCCCAACUGGUCCCAAAAUGAUUUAGAAAGGCCACUCAGGGAUGUGCAGAAACAUGUGGAAAAAAACAAGUUCUUGGCCAGUUUUGCCCCAGAAAAGCUGAAAUACUAUGAAAAGGAUCUGUGGAAACGCCAUCAAGAAGGACACAGUGUAUCUUUUACAGAUCUAUGGGGAUUGAUCAUUGAAGCUAUGCUGCAUGACGAGGAAAACCACCAUAAACUUUCAGAUCAGCAGCAGGCACUAACUCAUGGACAGAACCCUCUGCCUAUAUAUCUGUGUCUCAAUGUGAAAGAGAAACUAAGUAACCGAGGAUUUAGAGAAUGGUUGGAAUUCACACCAUAUGAAGUUGGAUUCCAAAAAUACGGUGCCUACAUUCGUGCUGAGCACUUUGGUAGCAAAUUCUUCAUGGGUCACAUGAUGAGGAAAAUCCCAGAAUCACGGCUCUGCUUUUUAGAAGGAAUCUGGAGUAGUGUGUUUUCUGUUAACAUUAUGGAUGGUUGGUUUCUGGCUACUAAUUCAGAUGAUUUUUGGCAGAUCUGGACACGAGACAGAAUAACUGACCUUGAACCUGUUUGCUGUUUAAACACAUAUAAACUACCUGUUCGAAUCCAGUGUCCUCCAGGAAGCCUUGCCAGUGUUUUGCAAGAUGUUAUUAUGUGGCGACCUGCUGUGUCAUUGGUCCCCAAUUUUCUGAGAGGCUGCCCAAUGCACAACAAGUAUUUAGAGAGUGGGUUUGACCAUUGGAAAGACUGUGAUCUUGACACUUUUCCUAAUGAGCUAACUGGAGCUGAAGACUAUCUGUAUCUGGUGGAUAAUGCAUUUGUCCUUGAUACCAGCUAUCCCCCACUUAUGAGGGCUGAGAGAAAAGUGGACAUCAUCAUUCAUUUAAACUAUAGCUCAGGAUCACAGUUACGGCCUCUGCAAGUGGCCUCAGAUUAUUUCUCAGAGCAAGGAAUCCCUUUUCCCAGAAUUAUCCCACAGGAAAAAGAAGAAAAAGAUGUAAAGGAGUGCUAUUUGAUAGGAGAACAAGAAGGCCCAGAUAUUCCAUUAAUUCUCCUUUUCCCCCUGGUUUGUAACACCUUCCAAAAGUAUAAAGAACCUGGUGUAAAGCGUAGCCCUGAAGAGAUGAAUGAUGGUGAGAUUGACUUAACCAGUACCUUUGGUCCUUAUAACAUCAAUGCUUUGCGAUAUUCAGAGGAGGAUUUUGAGAAACUGAUAAAACUGAGCCAGUACAAUAUACUAAAUAACAAAAAGACUCUGAUUGAUGCUUUACAGUUAGCUGUGGAACGGAAAAAGCGGCAUAAGAAGAACCUUAAUGUACUAAUAUCUGAAUCUUUGGGGGGAGAGAGCACUUCAGUUUUUCCUGCACUACAAAACAAUAAAAGCAUUUCAUUCCAGAAGAAAGUAAGAUAAAAUAAUUAAAAGAAUAUCUAAGACCCUGGCCAUGGAGGGAAAGUGCUACCUUUAUGAAAAUGAAUCAGUUAUAAAGCCUGAAAUGCUCUUUUAAUGAAUUCUAUUUGUC